CCCAAGAGCCAGUUCUCUUUCGGGCCAGAGUUGUGGCAUUUCUCCAGCUGCUUCCUAGCAGGGAAGACUAGGAAGCCUGGAGACUCUAGGCCCGCCCCUGACCCUGGGACACCCGGUGCAAAGCUGCAACCUUCUCCCGCCCCAUGCCCACAAGGGGUUGGGUGGGGAGACAAAAUUUUAACUGGGUACGUUGAUCAUUAACAGUGGUGAGGAAAAGGAGUCCAAACUCGGUUCCCCCGUGGUCAUAGACAGUUGGGCCUCAGGCCUCCUGCAGAAAUGUUGGGCCCCCACAUCUGGGCCUCCAUGAGGCAGGGGCUGAGCAGGAGCCUGUCUAGGAGUGCGAAGGGGCGGAAGGUAGACAUUGCCGGCAUCUACCCACCCGUGACCACCCCCUUCACCGCCACCGCAGAGGUAGAUUAUGGGAAACUGGAAGAGAACCUGAACAAACUGGGCACCUUCCCGUUUCGAGGCUUCGUGGUCCAGGGCUCUACUGGAGAGUUUCCAUUCCUGACCAGCCUGGAGCGCCUGGAGGUGGUGAGCCGCGUGCGCCAGGCCAUACCCAAGGACAAGCUCCUGAUAGCCGGCUCUGGCUGCGAGUCCACUCAAGCCACCGUAGAGAUGACUGUCAGCAUGGCUCAGGUCGGGGCUGAUGCCGUCAUGGUGGUGACUCCGUGCUACUAUCGUGGCCGCAUGAGCAGCGCAGCCCUCAUUCACCACUACACCAAGGUUGCUGAUCUUUCUCCAAUCCCUGUGGUGUUGUACAGUGUCCCGGCGAACACGGGGCUAGAUCUGCCUGUGGAUGCGGUGGUGACCUUGUCUCAGCACCCCAACAUCAUGGGCCUGAAGGACAGCGGUGGAGAUGUGACCAAGAUCGGGCUGAUCGUUCACAAGACCAGCAAGCAGGAUUUCCAGGUGUUGGCUGGCUCAGUUGGCUCCCUCCUGGCCAGCUAUGCUGUGGGAGCUGUUGGGGGCAUAUGUGGCCUGGCCAAUGUCUUGGGGGCCCAGGUGUGCCAGCUGGAGAGACUCUGCCUCACCGGGCAGUGGGAAGCUGCCCAGACACUGCAGCACCGCCUCAUCGAGCCCAACACUGCGGUGACCCAGCGCUUUGGGAUACCAGGGCUGAAGAAAGCCAUGGACUGGUUUGGCUACUAUGGCGGCCCCUGCCGUGCCCCCUUGCAGGAGCUCAGCCCCACGGAGGAGGAGGCACUACGCCUGGAUUUCAGCAACAAUGGCUGGCUUUGAUGACAAGCAGGAGACAUCUGGCCCGUGCUGUCUGGGACUCCUGUUCCUACAGCCUGAAGAGGAGAAGAGCAUUAGGAAUUAGGGUUUAUUUUAGUCUGUGUUCUAUUGCUGUGAAGAGACACCAUGGCCAUGGCAACUCUUAUAAAAGAAAGCAUCUCAUUGUGA